CCAACAAACAGUUUGCAAUGAGUACUCGAGUUCACCAGAUGGAGAGAAAGUGUGAAUUCAACAUACUCGCGGACAACGUCAAAGUACAAAAUGUGAUUGACAGCAUUUUGGAGCAUGGUCCUCAAGAGGAAUCCAUCCACGUGGUAGAUUUGGAUGACAUCGUGAAAAAGCACGACAUCUGGCUACAACAGAUGUCCCGAGUGAAACCAUUCUAUGCCGUAAAAUGUAAUGACACCCAAGAGAUCGUGCAAGUGUUGGCUAAGCUUGGAACAGGGUUCGAUUGUGCUAGUAAGAGAGAAAUGGAACAGAUACUAGCGAUGGGAGUUAAACCGGAAAGAAUUAUUUUUGCUCAACCAGCAAAACCGAUUGAGUCGCUUAUCUACGCAAAGAAGCAUGAAAUAAAAUUAAUGACCUUCGAUGGGCAAUAUGAGCUGCACAAAAUAAAACAACACUUUCCCGAGGCUUUGUUAGUUCUACGAUUUCGCUACGAUUCGGGAAAAUCAUACGGUACGAUGGGUAAGAAAUUCGGAUGUGAUGCUGAGUCGGAAGCUCCUGGAUUGCUGCGUCUAGCCAAAGAUCUUGGACUUAACGUUAUCGGCUUAAGCUUUCAUAUCGGUUCUGCUGGUGAUGAUUGGCAAAGUUUUAUGGGUGCUUUCGAAGUUGCUCGGAAAACAUUCGAUUCAGCUAAGAAUAUCGGUUAUAACUUCACACUAUUGGAUAUAGGGGGCGGAUUCCCAGGAGCAAAUUGUAAGCCGAUUGACCCUUACGCAAAACAAAUCAACAAAGCAAUAGAUACAUAUUUUGCGAAUGAUUCAAAUGUAACAUUCAUUGCGGAGCCAGGACGCUACUAUCCAACUUCAGCCGUUACAACAAUAACACAUGUGCAGUCAAAGCGACUGGUGAAAGACAAAGAUGGAAAAGAGAUAAUGUAUUACUACGUGAACGAUGGUAUUUUUGGUACAUUCUAUUCAGCUGGUCACGAGAAGCAACAGGUUUAUCCUGUUGCCCUGAAUAAAGAAGGUCCAGUAAAAGAGUCCGCAAUUUGGGGUCCUUCAUGUGAUCCAUUAGACUUGAUUCGGCCUAGCGUAUUAUUACCAGAUUUACAGUUUGGAGAUUUUAUUUUAUUCGAGAACACAGGUGGAUAUUCGAUAGUUUUAGCAAAUAGUUUCAAUGGCUUUCCAUUACCUAGGCUUCAAAUAUAUGUUCGAGAAAGCACGUGGGCUAUGCUGCAAAAUUCACCCAUAAACUAAUGCAAUUGAAAUGGAUAUUAAUCGACAUUAGGUCUGCAUCUUGUUGACUCGAAGCCAAUUUAUAUCUUGAAAAUAAACUUACAAAACAUUUGUACUAACA